UUAGCAAAGCUAGUCAAAGGCAACAACACAUGAUUAGAGCGCAGCGCCCUAAAAAUUUGAUUUUGAUCCCAAAUCCCCCAAACCACCCACCGCCCACACAACCCACUCCGGCGCUCCCUCACCUCUCCCAUAUAUACGCAGGCCGGGCGCGGCCACUCCCCCGCUCCUGCCGUCCCCCACCGCAGUCCCCCGCAGCAAUCUCUCCUCCUCGCUCGCCCCCGCAGGCCGCGGCCGCCCAUCGUCUCCAUGGACGGCGGCGGGUACAGCCCGCGGUUCCAGCGCCAGGCCUCCUGCUCCUGCGCCCCCUCCAUCUCCCGGCGGGGGUUCGUCCGCGCGGGCUUCGACCUCGACGGCGACGGCGACGACGACGCCGCCGCCGCCGUCGUCUUCCACUCCUCCUCGUCCUCGUCCUCCUCCUCCUUCUCCAAGGCCGACGGCCCGGGUGCGCCCUACUACUACUACUCCGCCGCCGGGGCCCCGCGGCCGUCCGCGCGCGCCAGGCUGAGGGCGCUGUGGCGCCGCGUCGUGCGGGAGAAGAAGCGGAUCCUGCUCUGCUCCACCGGCUGCGUGCCGGCGCCGCACCGCGACCGGGAGCCCUACGACGCGUACAGCUACGCGCAGAACUUCGACGACGGCGAGGCGUGGGUGGAGGAGCCCGACAACCUCUCGCGCUCCUUUUCCGCGCGCUUCGCCGUCCCCUCCAGGGUCUUCCAGAGGGUCGCCGUGUAGUGUAGGAACCGCCGUCCCGCUCGCUGGCGGCCGGCGGCCGGCGGCGUCAAGAUUUUUACUUUUAAUCUCCCCCCCCCCCCCCCCCCCCCCCCCCCCCCCCCCCCCCAACUCCAAUUUUGGUCCGGUGAAUUCUGAAAACAGAAGCAUCCAUCCCCAUCUGUACAUGCAUUCAUAUUUUUUUCGUUCUCGAUCAAACUCUGUACUUCGCCGGCAAUCAGAUACCACAGCACACAUGACUGACACACCAUUGCUCACAGCAAAAUCACGGAAAACAUGUGAAUGCUACGUUCCACAGCCCCGUGAUCUGUUGCUAAAUCACUAGAGGUGGGAUGAAUACUUGGUUUGUUCUGAACUGGCUUGAUGAGAAGAUUGGUUUUUUUUGUUUUUGUUUUGAAUGCUAGUUGGAAAACGCUUGUCAGUUUUAGGAAUCUUUGGAGACAAGAUCUAAAUAAAGGACUGCAAAAUUGAAAGUGCCCAGCACUAUGUA